AAAUCCCACCUGCUGAGAUCCGCAACCAGCGCGGCUCGUGACAAAUAUCGACCCAAAUCAUCUGCGUCUGAACUCCACAACAGCUACUAGUACCCCAGCACAAUGGACUGGUCUCUCUUCCGGCCGAGGACGAGGUCCUUGUCGAUGAUAAGCACACAAUCGUCUGCCGUCUCAGCUGCAGGCGUGUACGCAGAGCCGCCGCGUCGGGGAAGCAUACUUUUCGAGGACCACAACAACCCAGGGGAAAAUGAAGCUGAAGCCGAGCCGGCGGACGAAACGGACGUGAAUCGUUCGAGCUCAGGCUUUUUCGGCCGACCGCACGAUCCCGAUCGGAGUAGAAAACAAAGGGCUUCCCGCAAUAACCACCACAAGCACAACGUCUCAAUGAACUCAGCUUCCUCCGCAACUUCUCGAGGCACAGACUCCAAGGACAUGUGGGACGACAAAUCCUCGCACGCUCCGACAGCAAAGACCACGUCCCCAGAAUCGAGUGAAUCAGCAGAAGCAGAGACUCCUACCAAGCGCAAGAGAAUGAACAGACUCAACAGCCGAAGGAUAAAAUCCGGAUUCAAGAAGCUUCUUCUCGAAGACGAAAUCAACGAGUUCCUCAACUCAAAGGUUCACGAUGACCCCUUUGCGCGUUCCUCUUUACCUUACGCUCUCCGCUUCCGCGGUGGUAUUUUCUGGAGCUUGGUUCCCCAGAUGUGCAUCGUGACCGGAUGGGCGACCUUGAUUGUCUGCAUCUCGAUCCUGAAACACAGCCUGGGAAUCGCGUCGGUACUCAUCACCAUGCUCGGUUUCGUCACCGGUCUCGCCCUGUCUUUCCGCGUCAACACAGCCUACGAACGAUAUAACGAAGGACGAAAGUACUGGGCACAGCUUACAAUGACUGUUCGCAACUUCUCGCGUUUCGUGUGGAUCCAGGUACCCCUGCGUAAGGGGCACGAAGAGUCUGAUUUCCUGAUGAAGGUCGUCGCAUUAAAGCUCAUGGUGGCCUUCUCUAUCGCGCUCAAGCAUCACCUCCGAGAAGAGUUGGGCACUGAUUACGAUGAUCUACGUCCUUUCGUCGAUUAUCUCCCUACCUAUGCUCAAAAGCGUGCCACGGUGGCUACACUCGAGAAGGUCCACAAUGAGCAGGAAAGAAAGUCAAAGGAUAUGGACGCGGAGAAAUUCGCGACAGAGGCGGAGGUUCAGCGGUCAUUUGCUGCUGCUUCUGAAAGUAACGCUUCACCGACUGAUCCAGUUAUGCCAUCUAUCCGUCGGACAAUGUCGGUAUCCUCCGCAUUCAACAACUUCCGUCGCAGUGCGAUGGGACGACACGCUGAGAGCGGAGACGAGGCCCACAAUAUGUUUGGCCGCGGCCUGCAUCAAUGGUUACCGGAGCAUCCUAAGAUUUCCGAAUAUCUCGUUGAUCGCGAUGACCGCAUCUCCCGCGCUACCGUCGUCCAUGGAAAUCUUCCGCUCGAGAUCUUGAACUUUCUGGCACUCUACUGCAGGGAGUUACAGCACGAGCAGGGUGCUCUUGUUGGCCCGGAAGGUACAUUCUUUUUCACAUUUUACAACACUCUUUCGGAAAUCAUGACUGGCACUGAGAGAAUUCUGCGUACACCGCUACCGCUGGCUUACAACAUUCUCUGUAACCAGCUCGCCUGGAUCUUCGUCCUGAUCCUGCCCUUCCAGCUCGUCAGUGUACUCGAGUGGGUAGCUAUCCCCGCAACCGUUGUGGCCGGAUACGUUAUUCUCGGAUUAGCAGCGAUCGGACUCGAGAUUGAGAAUCCCUUUGGAUUUGAUGCCAACGACUUGGACCUGGAUCGGUACUGCCAGAAUAUCAGUGUCGAGGUGGCGAUGAUGAUGUCGAAUGUGCCGUACUCCAAGCCUACAGAGUGGAUGCACGACAGUCAGAAUCGGCCGCUUGCUCCGGUGUUCAACGGCAGCUUUGAUACGUGUUUGAAUUCACUCGAGCUCGAAGACAUGCAGAGAAUUCUCCAGCAGACGAUUGAAGAUCCAUCAGUUCGUUUCCAUCUCAAGAAGAAGGGGCAUAGCCGGCCGCGACGCAGCACCGACUCGGACCGUUCGCAGAAGAGCAACAAGAGCGCAAAGAAGGACAAGCUGCGCUCCCCGAGCACGGACUCGCCCGUGGCGAAUGGCGACGCUCAUCAUCAGGCUCCGGCGCCUGUGGCGAGUAAGAAGCAGACGGCAACGGUGGCGGCCCGCCAGUUGAAGAAAGGACAGUGGAAACAGAGCGUGAUUCUUGAAGAAGAAGUCGAUGAGGCUGAUGCGGCGCCUUCAACACCGUUAUCUGCGGGUCCUGUGGUGAAGGAUGUACCCCGCCGACCGAGUGCUUUGAGGGUAAACACCGGGGGUUCAGCGAUCCCGAGUGAACUGAGAACUCCGCCGACGAUCGUCCAUACUCCUGUUGAUUCAGCUGCUCCGGACUACGACGUUGAAAUUGACGACGAUAGCGACGAUGCCGAAGCGGAGGAAGAUCCUUUGCGGAAAGCCGAGAAGAAUCUACCCAGACUGGCGACGUCUGUGAUGGAGAACGAAGUCAACGAGCUAGUUCCGACGUCCUCGAACGCGUCCCGGGGUAGUCGCUCGAGCGCUCAGAGCUCUAACACGAAUGCGCCUAGGGAGAGACUGACUGUUCCUGGGCAAGAGGAGGAAGCGGAGGAGGAUGAUGUUCUUGAAGUUGUCGAGGAGCCGCGGGCGUAUGACUUGGAUGACGAGGAGGACGCGCAGAAGAUUUUCAAGGAGCUGAAGCCUUGAAUAUGUGUGCCAUCUGAACACAAUAUCUGACAACGAAUAUAUAAAUAACAACUAUUAGUAUUUACGAUAUAUAUCUACAGCAAUAGAUCAAUAAACUAGUUACAACAAC